GCAAGUUUUUAUACCAUGCUCUUAGCUGAUUCGAACCGUGCAAAAUUACGCAUAACAAGGCUAUAUAUCUAGUUAUUUGUAUACAAAAUUGGGAAAAACGAUACAGUUUUACCAUUCUUUCAGUUAACGAUACAGUUUUACCAUUCUGUCAGUUGACAGUUAUACAUUCUUUUAUUUAACGAUACAGUUUUACCAUUAUUUGCAACUUAACAGCUCAUUUGGCUUUUUUAAUCCAGUUUGGUUAUUAAAAUUAUUUUUGAUUUCUCUGAGUUUCUAGCUAUUCUUACAAAAUUUAAGGUCCGAUAGCAUCCAAUUGUGAUUAGUUGUGUCGAAGAAAAUGCAAUCGAGUUCGAAACUGCCCGAGUGUUCCAUUUGCACGGACAUCAUGGACGACCCACGACAACUUCCAUGUGGUCAUUCUUAUUGUGGCCCUCCAAAAACGUGUUUGGAUGCCUUAAAAUCCGAUAACCGACUGAAAUGCGCUCUCUGUAAAGAUGAAUACACAAUUGAGAUAUCGGAUUUGAAACCAAUGUAUGGAAUGAGAGAGCUUUUGAAGGAACUAAAACAAGCUGAAGAAGAGAAAAUGUUGAAAAAGACAGCGGAUCGGUUCUGCUGUUUUGAACAUCUCAACAAUCCAGUUAGCCUGUGGUGCAAAACAUGCAGACAAAUAAUGUGUGCCAAAUGCGUUGAAUGUGAGAAACAUUUUGAUCACGAAGUUGUGUCGUUCACUAGAAAUCUUCGCUCGAUAAUCAAGGAACAGGUCGAAAAUCUUUCAGAUGAAUGGAAAAAAAUAAUGCAUGACUUUGAAGAAGAAAUUUUAAAGCUAAAAUUUAAAGCAAAAGAUCACGAUCGAGACAUCAAGAGGCUCGAGGAACUUGAAAUUGAAAAGAAAAUGAAUGAAUCGAGUUGGAACGAGCUGAAAGAAUUUGCAAAUGAAGUUGAAGGACAUCAAGUCCCUAAAAAGGAAUUGUUUGAGUGGUUUUUCAAAGGAAGUUUCAAUAACAUCCAACUAUUGAAGAAUGGCGCUUUCGCAGAAGCAUCAACUCUAACUGAAGUUUUCGAAAACAAAAGCACUUCAACUCAAACCAUUGAUAAUGUGCCUAAGUUGGAGUCAAAAGAAACACAAACGAAUUUCCCACAAGAAACGAGAACAAUUUAUCUUCCGGCUCCCGAGGAACCCCCGACAAUGCGAGUAUUCAAUCGAAGUCUUUUAACUUGGGAAAGCAGUGAUUUGAUGAAUGAUAAUCAUUUUUUGAACGUCAAUGACAUAGAUAUAAAUCCAGUCUCGGUGAUAUUUCCCUUCCGUUCAUUGGAGACUGAAACGUUUGAUUCCAAUUGGAUUGUAACCAGCUAUUCUUUGUUUCAAUUGUCGAUCAGCAGGAUCUCAAGCAAAUUACAUGUCAAAGUUGAGUUCAUAGCAUCGCAUGAUGACCUAGAAUUUACGGUAGAAAUUGAAAAGAAAACCGGCUCUGACUAUUGGAUAUGGCGCCGAGAGCCUUUGAGUGACGAAAUAUAUGAAAGACAGACCAAUCUAAACUGGUCUCAGAUAGAAGUCAAAGAUGACAAAAUUGGUGCUGUUAUCAGAGCUUCAGUUCACUUUCAUCAGUGAAGCAACUUUUCAGAAUUAAUUUUUGUUUGAAUGUGAUGGAAAUCAAGCCCUUCUAAAAACAACAGGAACAAGAGAACUUCCAAACUAAUUAUUAAACUAUUAUUUCAACUUCGUAGAGAGUGACAGCUGUACCUACCUGUAUCUUAACUCAUUCAGUAUUCAUUCCGUGCAAAGACCUGCAACUCAUAGUCAAGGUCAUUGGCGACCUACCAGUCAUAUGAAAACCAGCGGUUUUAAACUUCACACUUCUUUUUUCAUCUGAUGAAAGAUUUGAGUUGAAUUUCUAGUUGCGACAUUAUCUGGACACUUUUAUGUUAUCAAUUUUUUUUUCGAUUGA